UCAAAUACUUAUUACCGCCAGCCAUUUGUGUAUCUGUGCUUUUGGUGUUGUCAUAUGCCCGGAUUGUACGCAAAGAAAAUGCCUAUGACGCCCCAACUGUCGCCAGUUGAGGAACAGGAAAAGCUUCUGGAUGAAGCCUUAAGUGUUGUCAAAGUCCAGGCUUUUCAGAUGAAAAGAUGCUUGGACAAGAGCAAAUUGAUGGAUGGGUUGAAACAUGCAUCCAUAAUGCUAGGGGAAUUACGGACUUCCCUUCUGUCACCGAAAAGUUACUACGAGCUGUACAUGGCGAUCACGGAUGAGCUGCGACACUUGGAGCUCUACCUGCUGGACGAGUUCCAGAAAGGCCGCAAGGUGGCCGACCUGUACGAGCUGGUGCAGUACGCCGGCAACAUCGUGCCUCGACUGUACCUGCUGAUCACGGUGGGGCUGGUGUACAUCAAGACCAACACCUGCCUGAAGCGCGACCUGCUCAAGGACCUGGUGGAGAUGUGCCGAGGGGUGCAGCACCCCCUCAGGGGGCUGUUCCUGCGCAACUACCUGCUGCAGUGCACCCGCAACGUGCUGCCAGACGUCGCCGAGGCCGACCACGAGGCCGAGGGGACGGUGUUGGUAACCAGCUUGUGUGCUGGACAGGUGCGGGACUCCAUCGACUUUGUGCUGAUGAACUUUGCCGAGAUGAACAAGCUGUGGGUGCGCAUGCAGCACCAGGGCCACUCGCGCGACCGCGAGCGGCGCGAGCGCGAGCGCGAGGAGCUGCGCAUCCUCGUGGGCACCAACCUGGUGCGGCUGUCGCAGCUCGAGAACGUCACCCUCGACAAGUACCGCAAGCUGGUGCUGCCGGGAAUCCUGGAGCAGGUGGUGAGCUGCAGGGACGCCAUCGCACAGGAGUACCUCAUGGAGUGCAUCAUCCAGGUGUUUCCGGACGAGUUCCACCUGCAGACGCUGAACCCGUUCCUGAAGUCCUGCGCGGAGCUGCAGCCGGGCGUGAACGUCAAGAACAUCAUCAUCUCGCUGAUCGACCGGUUGGCCGUGUUCUCGCAGCGCACGGAUGGUGCUGUGGGCAGCGGGGGCAUCCCCUCGGACGUGAAGCUGUUCGACGUGUUCUCCGACCAAGUGGCCACCAUCAUUCAGUCGCGGCAGGACAUGCCUCCCGAGGACAUAGUGUCCUUGCAGGUGUCCCUGGUGAACCUCGCCCACAAGUGCUACCCCGACAGGGUGGACUAUGUGGACAAGGUCCUCCUCACGACGGUCACCAUCUUCCAGAAGCUGGGACUCGACAGGAUAGAGUACCAGAGCCCCAUCUCGCGAGAGCUGACGCGGCUGAUGAAGAUCCCGGUGGACAACUACAGCAACCUGCUGACGGUCCUGCAGCUGCAGCACUACGGCCCGCUGCUGGACUACUUCGACUACCACGGCCGCAAGAGCCUGGCCGCCUGCCUGGUGGCCAGCGCCCUCGACAGCAACACGUGCCUGCCCACCCCCGACCAGGUGGAUGCUGUGCUGACUCUCAUCUCGACUCUGGUCCAGGACCAGACUGAUCAGCCUCCGGGGGAGGAGGACCCGGAGGACUUCGCAGAGGAACAAGGUCUACUCGGGAGGUUCAUCCACCAUCUUCGUUCAGACGUUCUGGAUCAACAGUACCUCAUCCUCAGCACAGCACGCAAGCACUUCAAAGCCGGAGGCAACAAGCGAAUCAAAUACACUCUCCCUCCUAUUGUUUUCCAGGCCUACCAGUUAGCAUUCCGCUACAAGGAGGUCCGUGAUGAGGACGAGAUGUGGGAGAAGAAGUGCCAGAAGAUCUUCCAGUUCUGCCACCAGACCAUCACGGCGCUCAUCAAGGCAGAGCUGGCGGAGCUGCCCCUGCGGCUGUUCCUGCAGGGGGCCAUUGCGGUCGACCAGAUCGAGUUCGAGAACCACGAGACUGUCGCGUACGAGUUCAUGUCCCAGGCGUUCUCGCUGUACGAAGACGAGAUCUCGGACAGCAAGGCCCAGCUGGCGGCCAUCACGCUGAUCGUCGCGACGUUCGAGCAGAUGAAGUGCUUCAGCGAGGAGAACCACGAGCCCCUGCGGACGCAGUGCGCCCUGGCGGCCUCCAAGCUGCUGAAGAAGCCCGACCAGUGCCGGGGCGUCGCCACCUGCGCCCACCUCUUUUGGUCGGGCAAGAGCCAGGUGUCGGGGGGCGACGAGAUGAGGGAUGGCAAGCGUGUGGUGGAGUGCCUGAAGAAGGGGGUGCGCAUCGCGAACCAGUGCAUGGACCCUUCCGUCCAAGUGCAGCUGUUUGUUGAGCUCCUCAACCACUACCUCUACUUCUACGAGAAGGGGAAUGACCAGGUGACGGUGGCGAUGCUGAACCAGCUGAUGGCCAAGAUCCGCGAGGAGCUGCCCAACCUGGAGGCCAACGAGGAGACGGAGCAGAUCAACAAGCACUUCACCAACACGCUGGACCACCUGCGGGGACGCGUCGAGUGUCCCGAGUCGGAGGGCCUGUCCUACGAGGGCCUCGUGCUCUAGCCCCCGCGCGUUUGUGUUGCUGUCAGACAUAUCCACACAAGUCAUCUUCGAUUAGACCUCUUCUUUUUUUUUGUUACAUUCAAUUUAUUAUAAAAUAUUAAAUUCAUGUUUACGUUCACAAGUUAUCUAUUAUUUAUCUGUAUGUCAAGUUAAAAGAAACACAAAAAAAAAUUUAAUCCUUCUUUCACAACUAUAAUAGAAAUUAUUGAUUUCUUUGUGUAAAUUAUUUAUUCUCAUCAAUUCCAUGCCAUAUGUGAUUAAGUACCGAAAUAAUAUGUUUAUUCCAACAUUCUAGCACACGUAUUUGUACAAACUUCUUAACAGUUUUGAAGCUUUGCUCUUGAAUUUCCAGAAACUUGUGAAAAUGUUUAGGUGGUGAUGAAAAUAUGUGUCAUAAUUUUCAAAUUUAUUGUUUAAGCCUUUAAUACUUUAUUGAGCAUUUUUACUAUCUUAUGCUUUAUUUUGUAGAGGUGUGUGUGCAGUUAUUUUUCAGUUUUGAAGGAAAGAUGCAAAUAGGUUACAGGAUUGGUUUGUUUGAUGUUGAGUCAUAUUGGUUAUAUUGUGAUAUUGGUUUGUUGGUAUGCUCCUCUUGUUAGUAACUGUUUUCAUGUUUUGAUAAUGUUAAGUAGUUAUUUUAACUGAAUAUUUAAUAAAAAACUCUUUGAAAAUAGUGAAUUUUUUUGUCAUUUUGUUUCAGUUGGACUACAAAAAGCUUUGUUUAUAACUCUUGAUUUCACUAAAUUUAGGAAAUAAAUUUCAAGUUAUUUAUGUUGUGGUAUCCUUGCCAUUUUGAAAGAUAUUCUGUAUUCUUCAUUUAUUUUUAAAUAUAAAUUUUAGAGUCAACAUUACUACUGUAUGUGUUUACUAGUAGUAAAGCUUCGACAGCUUUAGUAACCUUCAUGAGACUGUUAAAUACAAUUUCCACUUGAGUCACUUGUCUCCCAAAUAAUAAAAUUAGGCGCGUUUUGACUGUUUAAUUUAAAAUUGAUGUAAGUAAAUAAUAAACACAUUUAUAUAGCCCUGAACUACCGAAACUAAUGUGACUGGCAUGUUCACUAUUAGUCCAUGGCAUUUGUUGGAAACAUAUAGUUCAGUUCUAUGAAUCAAAGGAUUAGUAGUAUCAUGUCUUUUUCUUGAUUGCUUGCAUACUAAAUUUUCUUAUGCUAUUUCCAUUGCUAUCAUAGGAAAUGUUAAUGGGAAGAUUUUUUUUUCAAGGGGAUGAUAAGUAACAUUAAAUAUUUUUCUGCCACAAUACCUGUACCUGUUUGAAAAUAUCAUACAUUUAUCUGUUUUGUUUAGCGUAUAUAUUAGUUAUUUUUGUUAGUCAUCUAUAAAAUGUGUGAGGUUUAUUGUGAGUUUUUGUGUAUAUAUUUUUUUAUAUAGGCAUGUACAUUUUGUAUGCACAGUGAUAUUAUAUAGUGUGUAAAUAUGCUUCAUAAGUGUUUGUAAAAUGUUGCAUCAAUUACUGUACUUUAACAUUUAUAUGAUUCUGAAAAUAUAUAUUCACUUGUCUUGAAGUA